AUGAAGGCCGUCAUUCCUCUGAGUUCCUUGCUUACUGGAGCUCAGGCUCUGGCCAUCGCACCUUCACUCAGUAGAGAGGAUAUCGAGAUGUUCAAGGGUCCACUAUACCUUCUAGUGUAUAUUAUCUUACUAAGGAACAAUCAUAGUGACUACACCUGCGCAUUGGGGCAGAACGAGAUUGCGUAUAUCAAGUCACAUGCAAUUUCUCGAAUGAACUAUUAUCGGUCACCUAAAACCCAGGAACAUCCUGAGGACGGUCUCGCUCUUUUGGCCAAAUACAUGAGGGUUGCACCUUAUCUUAUUCCUCAAUCUGCCAACGAAGCAGCGUCCAGCAACGUUCUAAUGCACCCCGAUCUUCAUCUGUAUAACAUCUUCGUCGAUCCAGAGACCCUUCAAAUCACCCGUAUCGUGGAUUGGCAAUCGGCAUGUGUUGCACCAUUGUUCUAUCAUGCCAAUGUUCCUAGGAUGUGUGCCCAGCAGGAACAAUUCAAGGUUGACAAUAAUCUAGAGAGUCAGACCCUUCACAAAUAUUACGAGGCCCAGGUGUAUAAGCGAUCACCUCGAUUUUGGUCUGUCCUCAAAGACAAAAGGAUCUCUAUCAUCCGGAAACCAGUCUGGCUCGUCACGGGAGUGUGGGAGAACCGCGAUCUAUUUUUCCUUCGUCAAUCACUAAUGUCGCUCUACGCGCAUUGGGAAGAGCUUAUUCCGGGUAUGCCAUGUCCCAUAGAGUUUACCAUGGAGGAUGUUGAGCUUCAUUCUAAGGAAGAGGAGAAUAUCAAUGGUGUCGGGGAGUUGCUGACAAUUCUCCAAGAUAAAGCCUUGCUCCCGGUGGAUGGUAUGGUCGACCCCGAAGACUAUGAUACAGCCCAGAAGAACAGCCAUAAUUUCAAAGAGAUAUUCAUUGGAGCGGCUAAAGAUGAUGACGAGAAGGAAUCAUUCACGAAACUGUGGCCAUAUCAGGAACGCGCAGACGCGGAGGGUUUGUAA